GGUGUGUCUUAAGCAAUAGGGUUUCAUUCAUAAAUAGUUUUAGCAUUUAAAUCAGAAUUAAAGAGUUCACCGAAGGUUGGGCGUUGGAUUCUCCCGCUGUUUCCUUUGAUGGAACGCAAUAAAUAAUAAGGGGACAGUGACGCAGGCCUGGACCAUGAGCAAUGACUCGACUGUCUGGAACACCCCACCAGACAACUCUACUGGGGCACCCCUGGCCCCCGCCCCCCCCCCGGAGGGCUCGUCGGUGCUGCUGGUGCUGCUGGUGGUCCUUGGAGGAGCUCUGGUGUCUCUCACCUCACUGCUGCUAGUUUGCUGCCACCGCCGCCACGGCUGCCGCUAUGCCCGGGCUGACGACCCGGAGAAGACCAACACCACCUACACAGAGGACUGCCAGCUCACACAUGACCCUGACCACUGGUCCUCCCCAGCAGAGAUCACCAUCAGGGUGGAGGAGGCUGACUGCCAGUCUCCCGACCUGCAGACGGAGCGCUUCCUGUCCACAGGCACCAGCGGCCGGCGCGUGUCCUUCAACGAGGCGGCACUCUUUGACCACGGCAAGAAGGAGCAGGAGAAAGGUCGGAGAUACACUCUGACUGAGGGAGACUUUCACCACCUCAAAAACGCUCGACUCAUAAACCUCCAUCUCCCUCCCCCCUCGCUCCGCCUCCCUCCUCCCUCCCUCCGUCUCCCUCCUCCCUCCCUCCACCUCCCUCCUCCAACCUUGCGAAUCCUCACGAUUCAUGAGUGCGAUUCCCCGGAGAACAGCAUUGCCAUGACAACGCGUCCUGCAUCCAAGUCAGCUCUCUCCAUCUUCCAGCCGGAGUCAUGCCCCCUGCCCCAUACAGUCCUGCCCAGCCUGGGGGGCAGCCCCAGCUCCCCCCUCCCCGGAGACAGCCUGCCCAGCCUGGGGGGCAGCAGCUUCAGGGAGAGCCCCCCCGGCCCCCGCUCCAAGGAGCUCAGCACCAGCUCUAUUGAGGUGGGUAGGGGCUCAAGGAACGGGGGCAGCCCAGGGGGGGGAAGUGUGUGUGAGGGUGGCUCCUCGGGGGCCCCUGGGGGUUCAGGGGGCCAGGGCCCCGUGCUGCAGUUCUUCAGCAGGCUGCGCCGCCACGCCAGCCUGGAGGGGGCCAGCCCGUACCUCAGGAUCCACCGCUGGAGGCUGGAGCACGGGCAGAGAGCUUCCAGCCUGGACACCAGGGGAUCCCCUAAGAGACGCCAGUUCCAACGGCAGCGUGUGACUAGUGAGAGUAUGGACCAGGACGACCAGGACACCCACCACAUCGACCUCAUCCAGUACAUCGCCCCAACCCAGGACACCACAUUCUACCCUGGGGGCUCCCCACGCCUCCUCCAACCCCCCUCCACCCCUCCCCCACCCCUCGGCAGGCUAGAGGUGGAGGUGGUGGUGGAGCCUAGCUGCAGCAGAGAAGGUCCAGGGGUGAUUGGCAUGACCCCGGAUCCCAAGAACGAAGCUGUGAGCCUGGGCUGCCACCAGGAGCGCUCCCCCUCGGACCCCCAGGAGCCCCCGGACCUUCAGGCAGAGUACCGGGACAUCUGGACCCUGCGAGCCUCUCUGGAGGAGAUCGUCUCAGACCCCAGCAACGACAAGGACUCGGUCCAAAGCAACGCUGACAGUGUGUGUUCCCUGGGGGGGCGCAGAGAGCUGCCCAGUUACCCCUCCCAGGACCUGGGGGAGGAGGGGGAGGAGGGGUGGAGGGAGGAGAAGCAGGAGAGUGUGGACUCGGAGCGCGGGGGCAGCGACGGGGAGUCGGGAACCAGAAAGCUGCUGCAGAUGGACAGCGGCUACGCUUCCAUCGAGGCUCCGCCCCGCUACGCUUCCACCGAGGCUCCGCCCCGCUACACUUCCAUGGAGACUCCGCCCCGCGCACCUGAGGAGCUGCGCCUCUGCACGGGGGGGAAGGAGCGCACCGCCCUCGAGAGGCGGCAUCACUUCACCAGCGCUCGGCGGGCCGGCACCGUAGGCGAGAGCGCCCAGUCCAGUCUCUUCCAGGAGGGCCCAGAGGAGGAGGAGGGGCUAGCAGAGGCUAGCGGUGGCGUUGCCGUGGAUACGGGCGUGGGACCCCUGGGCUGGUCCCCCUACGGCCAGAUGUUCACCUCCCGGGAGCCCCCCCUCGCCCCCCCGCCAGCACUCCAUUGCCGCGACUACAGCAUCGAUGAGAAGACGGACGCCCUGUUCCACGAGUUCCUGCGGCACGACCCCCAGUUCGACCAGCAGGACUCUCCGCUGCGGAGGCACCGGUCACGGGUGCAUCUGCGGAAGCAGUGGCAGCACCGCAAGCAGUACAGCGACCCCGGUGUCCGCUACCACACCUCCUUCGACCGCCAUCGCACACCGCUGCGACGUGGGGACAGUGUGAACUACCCCCUGGAGACCAGCUACCACAGCACCCUGCCCCGCAUCGUCAGCACGCCGGAUGAGGAGGGGGGCAGUGAGGGGGGCACGAGUGAGGGGGCCGCCAACAGACCGCAGACCCCCAAGGAGGCGGGGGCUGGAGGAGGGGGCCUGGAGGAGGAGGACGGGAGGAGGGACAGUCCCAGAGACCAGGAGGAGUGUGUGUCCUGCUCCGCUCCCCAGGACAUCCAGCCGACCACCCCGCCUUCAGAGCAGGCCCCGCCCUCAGAGCAGGCCCCCCGGGGUCGCGGCCCCCAGACCGUGCCGGCACAGCUCAGUGACAAGCUGGCGUUGAGGCUGGAGGAGCGUCUUUACUCUGACCUCCGGAGGACCAGGGUCACGGCCGAGGGCGUGGCAGUCACACACACGGUCACACACACUUCCCCCGACCACAGCCCAGUAUAGCCCUCUUCCUCACUCACCUGCACUCUUCCUCAACACUCCCCCCCCCCCCCCCCCCCCCCCCCCCCCUCCGACCGGGUCAACAUCAGUCUCUGUGUUCAUGAUUUCAUCUGACUGUAUUAUGGAAAUUAUGUAUCAAAGUUCACAUUACCUUACCUGGGUAACUGAUUUCUGUCGAUCAGUGAUUCCUGGUUCCUUAAAUUGUACUGUAAGUGAUUCAGUAUUCGGUUAAGAAAUAUUUUUCCAGAUGAUUCUGGAAUGUGAUGUCAUGAACACACUCCAGCCAUUGGAAUCCUCAGUAAACAGGAAACAGUUAGUCAGUGGACACGAAUCACUUCCUGCCACGAUACAUGCCACCUUGCUUGUGAGAUACACACACAAAUGUACAUACACACACCUAUACAUACACAAACUUACAGAGUAUACACACACACAGUCAGAGCAUAUGCUUCCUUACAGAGUAGACACACACACAGUCAGAGCAUCUGCUAUCUUACAGAGUAGACACACACACAAUCAGAGCAUAUGCUUUCUUACAGAGUAUACACACACACAGUCAGAGCAUCUGCCAUGUCGUUAGUAUCCUGGUAUCCCAGCGAUCUGUAGGAGAAGGUGUUGGCUGCUAGGACCUGCUGGAGGGAUUAUUUAUUGAUUGAUUGUUGGUUCAUUGUAAUGUCUUGUAUUAUUUAAUGCUUCAGACAUGUGACUGGUCCAGUCAGGAGUGCAGAGUAGCAGCAGGAUCUGGGGGUAGUGAGCCUGUCACAGUGUCGGUCUGAGACACUGGUCUUAUUCUUGGUCCAGGUUGGGUCUAGCCUGGGUUAAGACUGAGGCUAGCCUGCAAGCCUGGUGCUAGCCUUGCCCAAAGUCUAGCCUUAUACUAGGUGUAGCCGGGGUCCUUAACAGUAAAGCGUGCUCACCCCCCCUCUCU